AUGGGUAGAGGGCGGAAUGGAUUCGAAGAGAAAAUGGGUAUGGAGACACAGGAAGUGCAUAGCACGAAGAACGAAAGCGAUCGAAACACUUCGUUUGCGCUUGUAGUGGGUAUCGUCUUGCGAGUUCUAUGUUUUCUCUACGGCCGUUCGUUUCUUGUGAAACGUCCUGAAUUGUCUUCACCAUUGGUAUCUUAUCGUCGACUUCAGGACGGCGUUGCUAUGUUCAAGGACAAUAUGUCGCCGUAUGAUGGAGAUCUGUUCCACUUCCAGCCACUUUUGUUACGUGUAUGUUCACUUAUUGACGCCAGCAGUGGAACCGUAUUCGCACUGUUUACCGGUCUCGACUGUUUAACAGCUACACUGCUAUCCAUUAGUGCUGCAUACUACGCAAAGAAUGGUGGAAGUAUUCAGCCGAAGUAUAUCUCAGGACUGGUAUUCAAAUGUUACUUGUGGAAUCCAAUCACUAUUGCCUGCACAGCUGUUCUUAGCAUUUCUGUAUUGCACAAUGUCCUCAUUGCUGUUCUCGUGUACUUUUUUUGCUCCGGGCUUCUUCUGCCAUGUGUUGUUGUUCUUUCCAUUUGUACCAGCAUUUCUGUCUAUCCUGUAAUCAUUGUGGCGUCCGUUUUACUCCGGUUUACAUCCGUACGAGAACGAGUGCUAACCUUAAGUGCUCUUACUUUCGGAUUCGUUGCAAUGGUGCUUUUGAAUUGGCUUCUUAAUGAUAUGAAUUGGAACUUCCUCGAAGACACAUAUGGAUUUAUUAUUUUCAGCCUGCAUGCAGAUGAUCUGACGCCGAACGUUGGUCUAUUCUGGUACUUUUUUAUCCAAGUGUUCGAACAUUUCCGAACAUUUUACUUGGCCGUAUUCCAAAUUAAUCUUAUAGUCUAUGUGGUUCCGCUGUUACUGAGUUUAAGGAGAGACGCACAUCUUCAUUUGGUAAUUAGUUUAUUGCUGGUGGCCGUAUUCUCGUCAUAUCCUACAUUGAACGAUGCAUCAACUUAUCUAGCGCUUCUGCCAAUGUUCGAGAAGUACAAGAAAUGUGAGUUAGCGUCUGUGAAGUAUCAAAUAUGUGAGGGUUUAGAUCCUCGUUACACUUUGGUAACUGGCUGUGCGAUUGUGACGUGCGUUGUGCUGAUGCCAGUGAUGUGGCACAUGUGGAUCGUCGUUGGUUCGGGCAAUGCAAAUUUCUAUUUCGCUGUAACUUUGAUUUACAAUGUUGCUCAGGUAACUCAAACAAUAUCCCCUAAUUUUAUGCAUUACGGUGAUAGCUAA